AUGCCAUAUCAUCCUCAAACGAGUGGCCAAGUCGAGGUUUCAAAUUGGGAGAUUAAGAGUAUCUUGGCUAAGACCAUGAAUGCAAAUAUGACUAAUUGGUCUAAAAAUCUAGAUGAUGUUGUUUUGGCAUAUUGCACUUCUUACAAGACACCAAUUGGCAUGUCCCCAUAUCGGCUGGUUUUUGGGAAAUCUUGUCACAUAUCGAUUGAAAUAGAACACAAAGCACCAUCGGUAUUCAAGGCAUUAAAUCUGGAUUGCGUAAAUGCCUCGAAAGAAAGAGUAGAUCAGCUGAACGAAAUGGAUAAAUUCAGGUUUAAGGCAUAUGAAAGUUCAGCUCCCUACAAGGAAAAAAUGAAGAAAUGGCAUGACUCUAAAAUCCUUAGGAGUGAAUUUAGAGUUGGAGACUUUGUGUUUCUAUCCAACUCUUGA